UCGCUUUCCUAAUUUUGUCAAAAGUUGCUAAAAAAAAUUGUCUACAAAGAACUAUAUUUAAAGUAAAAUUAUAUUUCCCAAAUCGAAAUGACUUUGUUAAAAAAGUGCUGCUGUUUUAGUUUGCGAACAGCCGCACUUAUUAUAGCCUAUUCGACAUUAAUUAUUGAAGUUCUGCUCUGGGUCUGGUUAUUCUAUCCAGUUUGUCAAAUUUGUGGUGAUUUCUUGGUACUUUGGGUGUUUGCCGCGAUAUGGAAUAUAUUUUCCGCGGCAAUUCUAAUAACAGCAGUUCAUCGGGAACAUCCAAAACUUAUCCCCCUUCAUCUGGUGAUGCAUCUUUCUGGACUCAUUUUAGAUAUGAUUGGACAUUUAAAGAUGGCAGCCAAAAAUGAAAAAAAUUGGAAAGCUAUGACACAUGCAUUUAUUUAUAUUGCAUUUAUGGCCACGGAUAUAGUGAUUGCACUGAGUUAUUAUCAUUCGGAAAUAUAGUAGAGCUUAAGGAUUGCCUUGGCAAGUGGUUCAGGAAGGAGCUGUUGACAUUAUCCUGAACAUAUUUCAAUUUAUUUUUCGUGGUAUACCUUUGAAAUCUAUAAAAGUUUAAUAUAUCUUUAAUAACA